CUCUCUCAUCCUGUGGAGAUCCGCAGCCACCGCCACAGCCGCCUCCCUCCCUUCACUACCUGCGUUGCGUUUCUCUAGGGUUUUAGGUUAGGCCAUGGCCAUGGCGUCUCCCAGUCCUAAUGAGGAUGUGCCGAGAAUCCAAAUCGGUACUGAGUGGGAAGUUCUUGAAGCCCAUCAUCAAGGUCUAUGCCCCUCCAAGUCCUGCGGCAGGCAGGCAGCCGAGCAGCGAAAUCUGGAGAGGCAGGGAGAAGCUCAGAGAGAGAGAGAGAGAGUGCUGGAAUGAAAGUGGCUGAGAUGGUUGGUCUGAAGCAGAUAGCGGAGGAGGCGGAGGGAGGCGGACACCGGCAAACUGGAAUUUGUCUAGAUAGAACUAUCGAUCCGUACCGUAACCGGGAUGGAGUUUCUUGUCGGGGUCGGGGUGAGAUGGGAGUAAGAAUUCAUUCCCGCCCUCCAGCUUCAGUAGCAGCAUUCAUUCGAAAAAUGCCUUCCUUACCUUCUGCCGACGACCAAAUCCGAUUCAUUCCUUUAUCUGAAGUGAUCCUCCUUCGUCUUCUUCACGGACGAGCAAGGAAGCGAAUUUCUCCUUCCUUGUCUGAUUACCUUACUUACGGUGGCUGAAUUGCCGUUGAUUCUUCUCUAUAAGUGCUCUUCGUGCAACCGUUAAUAAUCUAUCGAGCUUCUCUACUUUCCCUGUUGACGUGAAUUGGUUUUUACAUGAUGGCUGGGAUUGCAAUAGAUGAUGAUUGGGGGCUCACUUCCACUUAUGCUGGUGUUCGGACGCUGGUUCUAGUGGGCAGGACAGGUAAUGGUAAAAGUGCCACGGGGAACACUAUUCUUGGGAGGAGGGCUUUCAAGUCGAGGGCUAGCUCGUCGGGGGUGACAAGCACCUGCCAGUUGCAGCAAACUGUCCUGCCUGAUGGCCAGAUUGUCAAUGUAAUUGACACUCCCGGGCUUUUCGAUAGUUCUGCUGGAAUCGGCGAUGUUGGAAAAGAAAUUGUCAGGUGUAUCGAUCUGGCCAAGGAAGGGAUCCAUGCUGUGGUUUUGGUCUUUUCUGUUAGGACUCGCUUUUCGGAGGAGGAAGAAGCUGCCUUCCAUGCCCUGAGGACUUUGUUUGGAAACAAGAUAGUCAACUACAUGAUUGUUGUGUUCACUGGUGGGGAUGAACUUGAAGAAAAUGAUGAAACUCUGGAAGAUUACUUGGGUCGUGAGUGUCCACAGCCUUUGAAGGAUGUUCUUGCUCUCUGCGGGAACCGGCAGGUUCUUUUCGAUAAUAAGACGAAGGAUCAGGACAAGAAAAUAGCCCAAGUUCGGGAGCUAUUUUCCCUUGUCGAUGCAGUGAUAAGCCAGAAUGGCGGAAAACCUUUUUCAGAUGAGAUAUUUGCCGAAAUGAGGAAAGGAGCAAAGAAGCUCCAGGAGCAACAGGAAGCGGUUGGCUCUCUCAGAGGUUACAACCAAGGACAGAUACUGAAGUUUAAGGAAGAGAUCCAAAAAUCUUAUGAUGAGCAGCUGAAGCGAAUUUCUGAGAUGAUUGAAACCAAGCUGAGAGUGGAGGUCAAGAGGCUCGAGCAGAAGUUGGCAGAGGAGCAGGCCGCUCGUGUGAGGACUGAAGAGCAAGCACAGUUGGCUCAGGCGAAGUCAGAUGCUGAGAUUCGUGAUCUCAGGGAGAGGCUGCAUAGAGCCGAGAGGGUCUGUCCGCUGCCCAUACCGCUGCCCUUACCGCUGCCCCCACCAUGCCCCAUUCUAUAAUAUGCAAGACCGGGAUAUCCUGGAGAAUGUUUCGGUCUCGAAGAUUUCGAUAUCCACUUGUGUUGUGAUAGUAACCUAUGGAAUACUCUUGUGAUUGCUCGUGUCAUGUAAAUGGAUUUAUGGCUUGCAUUAUUUGCAUAUCAUUUUAAGUUCACUAAUGGUGCUUCCGUUAUUCACUA